AUGGUCGUGGUGGUCGCUCACUUGCUUGCAGGUGAGACUGCGCCUAGCGUCCACUUGCUGGCACCCAACUCUCACCUGUGGCUCCACGUAGCUGGGCUCUGCUCAGCGGCCACACCCCGGGCAACCGUCUCGACCGGCGGGCUAAACCAGGUGAGGGGGCCCUGUGCGCUGUGCCGUGUGCACAGGGUUUGCGGAUUCCGCUGGAUGGAAGGUCGGAUGGAACCUUGCGUCGGCACCGUCGUGACGUGGUUCGUCUCUGCACGUCGCUCGACAGCCGGUGACGGGAUGGAUCUCCACAUCGACAUCGCCUUGACGCGCCCACCUUCGCCGACGGAGACCGCGGCUUACGGCGAAUUCGAGUCGCUCUCCACUACAACCCGAAGUCGUGGUCCCAUAGUGGAGUUCGGCCGUGCCACAACGGCACAUGGCAGCCCUAUUCAGGGAUGGCACUGCCAGCCCCCACGAGGGGAAGCGCCUAGAAAAGGUGGCCUCAACAUUGCUGGGUACCACGCCGUCUCCAGGCUAGCCAGGGCCGCAGACGUCUAA